AUGGAAGCGUUAUCGCGUCGACAAGACGCCGCGCGCGUGGUGUCGCGCGUCGUGAAGACGGGAGGUGCUCCGGCGAGCGGGACGGCGACGUCGACGAACGGCGGCGACGGCGACGACGGAAAGAGAAAUGCGUUGGCCGGUGUCACGGGACGCGCUCCGGCGAUGACGCCAGAGAUCGUGGAAGAAGAAGUCGAGCGCGAGCGCGUCGCGUUCGCGAACGAAGUGGCGUUGAUGUUCGUGGCGGGGGCAAUAUUGGGGCCUUUACUCGACCACCAACACUCGCGAUUCGACGUGUUGCACUACGCGACGCCGUUGCAAAUUCAUUUUGAUGCCCUAUUCGCACCGUUGUGGAACUCGCCGUUCGGUCCAAUCAUGAAUUUCAUAGCCCCCGAACCGGUGAAGGACCUGUUUCGAAUCAUGUUUGUGAACGAAAAUGGUGUUUUAGAGACUGGGUGGUGGGUGCCACCGCUGUUUGGCGCCGCGGCAAUCGUCAUCGGUCUCGGGCACACAAGUCUCGAUGAAUUUCGCAUUCGCUCGUCGGUGAAGCGCGCGAGAGAGAUUGAGAUACGAAAAGGUCUCCAAGGCACCGAACAAAUCGUGAGUAGGACGUCAGAGUUGAUUGAAAAUGCAAAAGGCAAGCCCGCUUUGGGUUGGCAGCCGAGCUGGGUGAGCGUCAAUCUGUGCAUCAGCGUCUUUGCGUUUCAAUACCUCGUCUCUGGAAUUUUGGCGUCGCCGCAAUCGCCCUUCGUGGAUGGUUUCCUGCCGUACCAUUUGAUUGAUAUAUUUUUGUGCGUAUGGGCGGUGACGACGUGGUAUUUCUUCGACAACAGCGCGCAGGGACUGUUCAUGGCUAGUUUAACCGCGGUGUGCGGGCCCGUGGCGGAAAUCGUGUUGAUCAACUACGGUCAUCUGUAUUCGUACUCUCAUCCAGAUAUCCUUGGAAUCCCCACGUGGAUUCCAUGGGUUUACUUUUGCGGCGGACCGGCCGUGGGGAAUCUGAGUCGCCAAGUGCGCAACACGCUCCGCCGACAGAGCGGCUUGCCCGGUCCGACGACGCGAGUUGUAUCGUACGAGAAGCGGAAAUGGGCGUCAGCGCGAGCGAGUGCGUCCAUCUCCAACUCAGGCACUUUGGAUGCCGCUGCGUACGCUGCGUUGGACCGUGAAAAGCGCGUGGUAAACAAGAACUUCAAGGAGAUUCCAAAGGGGCGAUUCACCAUUCUCACAGACGGACCGAUGGACAUCCAAACGUUAGCGAAGAAGCGCCAGGAGGAGGAAGAACUGACGAGAGCGCUACAGAGCGCGCGCGGAGGUACUCAGAAACGUCGACGUGCGGUUCGCAGGUAUGUGGCGAGGCAGAACGACCUCAAGUCUGGGAGAAAGAGCGUUCGAGAGCGCAUCGUGCGCCUUCUCGUGCGACGCAAGCCCGACGACGUCGCGCUCUUGACUACCGAGGAGGACAAAGCGAGCCGACUCUCUAAGAUUCAGCAGGAAAUUAUGCGCGUUGAAGCGACGCUUGACGAAGUGGAGCGAAUGAAACAACUCAAAAAGCGACUCGAGACCAUCAAGAUGAAUAUCGAGGAGGCGGCGCCGCCGCUCAUGCCCAAGCUCCGACGGUUCAAGAGUCGCCUCGACGACGCCGUGCCGGCGCCUUGGAAGCCGACGUACGAAGCUUUAGAGGACGCCAUUGGAGAUUCAAUCGUACCUUUGGUGCGAGACAACACUCCUGAAAGCGUCCGCAAGGCUAUGAAGGGGUCGUUUGAAACGGAAGAACUGCGAAGACAGCACAUUGCGCGCAUGAACGCCGAAUUGAUCGAGAUUCAAGCCGAGUUGACGAAAAACAUACAGGCGAGAGCGACGAAACGAGACGCGGCGCCAUAG